UUUGAGGAAGGCUGGGGUUAGAAGUCGUGUCUGACUCCAACUGCUUCAACUCGUAUUUUUUUCCUGAAAUGUCAACGUCAUGACCGAUAUUGAUAGUGAAAGUUGGCUGGAUGAGGACAUAGCGAUCACGGUGGUUGUAUCUAUGAGAAGCUGGCUAUCGUUGCUGCUCUAAAGCUUCAAAUAGUGGGAAGAUGUCCAUCGCUAACGUUAGCGAAGACAUCCGAGUGGAGUUCCCACUGCACUCGGCAGUUUGGGAGAAUGAUUACAGAAAGCUGGAACAACAGAUUAUACUGCCGCAGAUUGAUAUUGAGUCUGUGGAUUCGAGAGGCCGGACACCUCUACAUCUGGCUGUGUCGCUGGGACACUUGGAGUCAGUGAGAGUCCUCCUGAGACAUGGAGCUCAAGUUACGAAAGAAAAUGCCAAGAAUUGGACAGUUCUACAGGAAGCUGUCAGCACAGGAGACCCAGAGAUGGUUCAGUUAGUCCUUCAACGGAGAGACUACCUUAAAGCCUCCACCGCUUUGGAAGGAGUACCUGAGCUUUUGUCAAAGAUCAGAGAGUCUCCAGACUUCUACAUGGAAAUGAAGUGGGAAUUCACCAGUUGGAUCCCCCUUCUAUCACGGGUUUGUCCAAGUGAUGUGUGCCGCAUUUGGAAAAGUGGCGCAAGCUUGCGCGUGGACUCUACUCUUCUAGGCUUUGAGAAUAUGACUUGGAUCAGGGGGAGAAGAAGCUACAUUUUCAGAGGAGAUGAUUCCUGUGCAGAAUUGAUUGAGGUGAACCAUGAUGAUCAAGUAGUGGACACUGAGCGUUUCAUCAUAUCCCAAGAGAUGGAGGAUAUCACACUAGAGUCAAUGCAGCCAGCUGAACAGGAAGUGGCCAAAAGGUUGACGACUCCAAUUGUCAACACCUACUUGGAUACAAGGGACAUUGCUUUUGAAAGGAACAAGUCUGGGAUUUGGGGCUGGAGGACUGACAAAACUGAAGUAGUCAACGGAUUUGAAGCAAAGGUUUUCAGUGUAAACAAUGUGAAUGUUGUCAUCAGGACAAGGACUGAGCAUCUUACAGAUGAGGAAAAAGCCAGGAUAAAAAGUGAAAGGAACAUCCUGGAGUCGCUGCUUGGGACAGUGGAACAGCACAUAAGUGCACAAGGGGACCUGACACUUGAAUAUGCAACUGCCACCAAUCCCACAGCCAUCACUCCAGAGGAAUAUUUCAAUUCCAAUUUUGACUUGGGGAACAGAGACAUUGGCCGACCAAUAGAGCUCAGCAUCCGAACACAGAAGUUUAAAGGUACAUUGUGGAUGAGCGAAGAACAUCCCCUGUCCCUGGUGGAGCAGGUGACCCCCAUCAUUGACCUCAUGGCUCGGACCAGUUCGCAUUUUGCACGGCUACGAGACUUUGUCACACUGAAAUUCCCUCCUGGGUUUCCUGUCAAAAUUGAGAUUCCACUGUUUCAUGUGCUGAAUGCCAGGAUUACUUUUGGAAAUGUUAAUAAAUGCAGUACAGAAGAGGAAGCCAACAUAACACCAGCAGCCACACCGUCACCCACAGGAGACGACAAAGAAGCCAGUGUACCUCCAACAUUCCAGGUGUGUCCGUCGGUGUUUGUGGUACCUGACAACUACCAUCGCAGAGGGGGCAGCCGUCACGCUCCUGUGCCCAAUAACGACGAGGAGUUUUUACAGUACGCUAUUCAUCAAAGUCUCCUGGAUUCCCACAGAGUCCAAAGCCAGGAGGGGAUAUGGGAUGAUGCACACAGCGAACUCACUGAUGUCAUGGCCAACAGCCAGAGCGACAGGAGUAUCCCAGAGGGGGUGCUAGUGGAUUACGGUGACACCUCCAGCCCCACAAGCACCUUCUCCACCUCUAGCCCCGACUCUGAGCUCCACUUGGCCAUGGAGCUCUCAGUGCGGGCUCAGGAGCAAGAGGAGCGCCUGAGGAGGCAGGAGGAAGAGGAGCUAGAGAAGAUUUUGCAGCUGUCACUUACUGAGAAGUAGAAGGAUAUAAGGAGGGAAUGGGAAUAAGAUCCAGAAGCAACCACCUCACCUCAGUUUCAGCAUUCAGUCAUCUAUGCAACAGCAGAUGUUUCCCUUUAAACAACUCAUUCUUACUCGACUUUUUAAAGGGUAUUUUUCGGUAAGCGGUAACUACACACUAUGUUUCUGUCUUCCAACUUGAUCUAUUUACUCUGAGGUGUUGAGGUUUUUUAGUACCUUUAACGGCAGCCCACAUCAUCUCUUGGUCUUAAGGCAGCUCACAGGAAUGUAAUUUAAAAAAAAUAAUACUUCAGGUGACUCCACGUAAGUGUUGGCACUCCAGUUUAACUCCUAAAGUGCCAGCGCACUGCAUUUCAUUUUGUUCUGUCCUUGGCAUGUCUAACCUUACGUCAUUGAUCUGAUGGCUGGGGAGGGUAAUAAUAUUCCCACUUCGUUGAGGGACAUGAUGGAUUUGAUACAAGAAGCUGUUUCCAUGGAAUAACAAAUCUCAGGGGUCCCGUUUUACACAUCUCUCUCUCUCAGAAGUAGGUUUUAAAGUACUGGCAAUUUCUCACAUAUCACACUGCCCUACUUGUUCCACUCAUGGCUUUGAUUCAGUUAAAAAUAUAUGCAGGUUUCUUGUGCUUUUCAGAAAGCUAAGGAGAACAUGCUGGUAGGAAAUGAAUAUCACUGCAGCAAUUGAAUAUUCAGAUUUUUGUUUUAAUAUGAGUUUUAUGAUUCCACCCCAUCCCCGUUCGAGUGAGUACUGUGCAGGGAUACAAUCCUGUGCAAAGUGUUGCAGUCUGUUUAUGUUCCAAAAGGCAAUCUGCAUUUAUUGUCAGCCGCCUGUAGCCACAAACAACUGUAAACCUCUUGAUUGUUUGUUUCAGCAUGUGCCAACAGUUUGUCACUUGGUGGAAAGUUAGCCUGUGCCACUUAAAAAUUUGUGAAGUUUUAAUUAUCAGGAAGCAAGCGGACAUUGCAUCCACACAGAUGCUGAAUAACCGCGGUAGUUAUUUUACUUACGGACAACUCUGCAAAUCUUAGUGAUCCCUGAUGAAAAACCACUUGUUAGAACCAUAUCUUUUUUUCUUUUUGCCAAACUGGUGAAUACUGGGAUUUUUACAAAGCCAACUUUGGUUCAUUUAACUGCGAUGUACUGUAUGUAACACCCCAUUUGAGCUGCAGUUUUUCCUAAAAAUUAAAGCACUUUAAUUCCAUGCACUAUGAUGGUGACUUCCUGCAUUUAAUUUACAAGAAUGCAGGCAUACAUACACUUCAUUAAACACUGCGAUCCAAUAAGAGUUCUGUCAAAAAAUCUGCCUUUGUAAUGAUCAAUUAUAAUUAGCAAUUAAUUGAACAAUGUGUUUAUUAUUGUGCUUAUAGUCUGCAGUGGUGUAAAACUAAUAUUUUGAUGACCUAACUUGGCUGUACGUUUUUGAUAGAUACAGUAGACACAACCUUACCUAAUUUACAUCAAGACAGU